AUGGGUAAAAAGCCUUGGGUAAUCGGUGGCAUUUUGAGUUGCUGCGGGAUUAUUAUGAUCCUUAUAGGUGCAGUCAUCCCUAUCUUCGUCAAAAGUGCAAUGCGAGAAGGAAUCAUAGCUGGGACUGUGCUUACCGACGAAAGUGAGUGAAAACUAUGAGGCCAAAUUCCAGGAAAAACCAAAGAUAUCAUCAUUCACGAAUAUCAUUUCUACAACGUCGAAAACCCUGACGAAGUCCUAUAUCAAGGUGCAGUUCCUAUUAUUACUGAUAUGAAUGGUUACACAUAUCAAGAAUUCGAUGAUUUUAUCAUGAAGGAGCAUACAGAUUACAAAGGAACUGAUAAGGCCUGGAUUCAUUAUUUCCUCUAUAUGAGAGUCGACAACUCCCCUCAUUGCGUAUGGAGAAAUAACACUCAUCCUAGUGACAAAAUAAUGCAGAUAAGCUUAGGAUCUCUGGGUGCAUGGUAUGGAAUGAAAACAACUCCUCCAGAGUCUUUAGCAUUAGCUGCUAUUUUUCAGCUGGUAGAAGGGCUUAAUACAGCACUUGCCCUAGGAGCUUAUACUCAAGGUGUUGCCUCAUUGUUCCCUUCUUAUAAUGGUGCUCAGAAUUAUAUAUUCAAGCCAGCAGGAAUCAGCCCUGAAGUCGGAAAACAGAUAUGGGAAGAUAAAUACUUUGGAAUGGGAAAUUGGGUUACUAUGCAGACCUGGGUGAUGGCUUUACAAGAAAACAUGGUCGAUGGUUAUGUUAUGUUAUGUUAAGAUAAAUGUUUAAAGUCACUACUUCCAGUAGGGUGUUGGCACAAGCGAAUUGGGUGGACUUCCACCUCUGGUACCUCUGAGCCCGGGCCGAAACCCCGGUUUCUCGGUAGUGGGUUGCCCUAUUUGUGUCCGAAGACCCUUACUGGGCACCACCAUUUCCAACUCAGUCCCUUCGCCCGUCUAAGGCCAACUGUACCUACCCUGGCCGGUGUCGCCACAUUAAAGGGCCCUUUAAACCGGAGGGACCGCCGUCUUGCAAGUCUAGCCUGCCUCCCCUUUUACCAGGUCAUCCCUGAAUAAAAACUCAACAACUUCCGUCGUUCGGGCAAAGCCAUCGAAAGCAGCCUGAGCAGGGAAAUCACCCUGCUCCAUUUCGGGCACCCACUGGCUAGGGCGCUGCUGGAAAAAGGAUUCACGAUUAGCUGCCCAAGGAUCUGGCCACAAAUCAGCGGGUCUGUGCGCUCGCCCAUCGCCUCUGGGCUCCAGAUAUUGCUGGGCUAAAUCAUUCCUCCUAAAAACCAUGCCCGGAUAUACAUGGGUUACCGUCACACGAGAGGACGGGUCGGACGUCAUACGCCAUUUUAUGUAUAUAUGGUCGAUGGUAAUUUUGUGUUCCCACAAGUCAUCAGUGGCUCUUUAUAUGUGCUAUGGCAAAACUUCGGACUGUCCCAAAGCCAAUUUACCUCAAUUUUCAGUGGACAAUGGAAAAAAGUGUAUGAUAUCGUGGUCAUCGCAUUUUAUAAUAACUAUCUCUGUGAGUCCAUAGUAGAAAAUGGCUAUGUAUGUGACCCUGCUUAUCUUGGAGCUUUACAAUGGACAAACUCAUUGGUCACUAUGGAGCCACCUCUAGGCGCUCCAUCUCAAGGGCCUUCUAUUGUAUCCGCAAACAGCUCCACUUUUGGUUUCCCAGAAAUCAGCUAUUUUAUGAACUAUACAGGCACUUAUGAUAAAUACCCUGAUGUCAGCUUUACAGUUGAUGACUAUUUCCAGCUGUUUUAUUAUGACAGAAUUACUGGGUGGCCGAAAUGGAGCAAUUAUACGCUGCUAGACGUCGGGCAUAUGAGCCUUUUCUUUGCAGAAGGAAGAGCUGGGAACUUUGAACAGAUGAGAAAAGAUUUUAAUCUGAAGUCAGUAGACCAUGCCAGAGUUUUGUGGGACUAUAUCAAUGAAAUUGUAUCUUUAACAGCUUUACAAGGAAGAACUGAUCAGUCUAUUUAUAAUGUGGAAAAUCGAGGAAUAGCGUCAGAAGCUUCAUUAGGUACUGUUGGAAGCCAGGCGAUCUAUCAGCUUUGGACAUCUUUAGGUGAACUAUCUUUAUUAAUUAAUAAAAAUACUUUUCUUUUUUUUUAUUAAAAAUAAUAGGAAUUUAGUAUAGAAGGAUUAAUUCCGCUUAAUAUUACAUGUGCUUAUGACUAUAUUAGACUGACUUUUGAAUUGAAUCUCACUUGUGAAAUAAUUGUAGGAGAUGCUCUUCCAGGACAAGAAAAUAUUUGCAAUAUCCCAAUGCUUCAGUGGGGUAAUUAUACAGCAACUAUGGCAUUAUGGAUCUUGCCAUACUGGAACGGAAUUAGUUCAGAGUAUGGAAUGCUGUUCCAACAAAUCACUGGUCUUUCUGAUGAAGAUAUGGAAGCACUAUACUCUCCAGAAAGCCCACUUGUUACAAACCUCACUUCUUUAGAUUUUGAAUUAAAAGACCAUUAUAACUGCACAAAUUCAGGAUUAAGGUGCUUUGGGUGGGAUUUGGCUGCUAAGCAAUGGGGAAGAGGCUAUGUCACUGAAAACCUCCCUUCAUGUUUCAAAAUUUUAGAACUGUAUAACACCUCAUCAAUUUAUUACCUUUUCAAAGAUGUCCAACAAGUCCUAGUCACAUACCCAGAAUACUAUGCUUAUGUUUUGAAAUGGAAUUUAACCUCAGAAGGUCUUACAGACGAACAAAUCGACAAUGCUCUUACUUUUGACAAACUUCUAGGAGCUUCGACUUUACAAAAUUUCUUUAUUAUGGAUUUUGAACAAAAUUAUACAGGAAUGAAAGAAGUUUAUAUGAUGGAUAAUCCUCUGGAUUUAUUGAACUGGGUCAGAUACUGCAUUGAUAAAUUCGCUUUUGGAGGGAUGUUUAGAGCUAAAACAGUGGAAACUAUAUUAUGGACUGACUAUGAUCCAUUUUUAGCACAAAUUAAAGCUACAAAUCCAUUACUGGGAGGACAGCCUAAUGUAAACCCAGCUCAAAUUCAGCUUGGACAGAAUGUAACAAGAGAGCAGUUUGAGUAUAUCCCAUUGAAAUAUAGACAUGCAUUAAAUACAGGAGCUAGAGAUCUUGAUGAAGUAAGAUGGUAUAGACUUUAUACACUUAAAAAAUGUCAUGGCUAGUCAACCUGCCUUCUUAGUACAUUUAGCAAGAUAGGAGUCUGGGGACCUUGUAAAAUGGAGAGGGGCAUGUGGUGAGAGUGUCUGGCUGGGGUUUACUUGGCCUGGCGGAGAGCGCAAUGUUGAGCAGACUGACCGCAGGCUCACAUUCAGGGCAAAGUUUUACCUCGAGGAAGAAUGGACUUGGAAGUUUUGAAAGGGAUGGUCCAAAAAGCUAGAGGGUGUUCGCUUAGCCAAUCGGACAUUUUUCCAAUGCGAUACUAGGAGCUGCGUCCUAGGCUACAAAUUUCAUUUGAGGCGAUAGCCUGACUAGAAAAUUGACUUUGAAUUUUCUAAAAAAAGGCAACUCCAUUGAAUUAUGGCACGGUGAUCCAGUAUCUUUACCUCCAGCUGCUAGUACAAGUACCAUCUGGAGAGUGCAACACAUGCCUUUAGGCCAUGCAAUCUGACCUGAAAGCAAGAGAGUUAGCUAAUCAAGCCGCUUUUCAAGCUGACAUGGCUGGCUGGGAGCUACUUGAUAAUAAUCAAAAUUAAGUUAAGGUAUAGACUUUAUAAUGGAGCACCAUUUAUUAAUAUUCUGCAGGAGCAGUACUUUGGAGAAAGCCCUUGGGGAUCGCUAAUUGAAUGGGUUAACUUUAACCCAUGGGCUGAGUAUGUGCAAGUUAGUGGAGGAGAUACAUGGAAUUUCCAGCCAUUUUUAUAUAUCAUUAUUAUGAAUAUUGAAAAUAGCAAUUAAUAAUUUUUUUAAAAUUUAUCUAUGAAAAAGUGAAUAUACUCACUUAAAUAAAUUUUGUUUUUUAAUAUAAAAUGUCAAUAUUUUAUAAGUUCUGAAAUAAAUUCCAAGCUGAGAAGAUUUAUUGCCUUAAAACCAAUUUAACGCAGCAUAGAUAAAGACUCAGACAUCAUUUUCUUCUUAGACCAAGCUUCUUUAGUUUUCAACGGCAAAUACAUUGACGAAACUGAAUACAGAGGCUUUACAUGCCUCAGGUUCGCUCUUGACAACUCUGCCUUACAAAACGCCACUCAGAACCCUGCACAAGCAGUUUUCUACCAAUUUGCCCCAUCUGGCCUGGUAAACCAAACCAGUGUUAUGGGAGCUCCCCUAUUCGGAAGCAAGCCUUAUUUCUUAGACUGUGAUCCAAUGCUUCAAAAUUUAGUAGUCUAUACAAGGCCAGAAUUAAACGUCCCAUCUGAGUACGAGUCUUAUCUAAAUUAAGAUUAAGAUUAAGAUUAAGAUUACGCUGGGUAUUUAAGGUCCCUACUACGUCUGAGGUCGCAUGCCACGGUUUCCCGUGUGGUGGCAGAGCGUUCACCAAGCCCGGGCCGAAACCCCCGGUUUCUCGGUAGAGGUAUUGUCAAGGGCCGUCUCAUACCGGCUUUGCUGACCACCUCCAUUUCCAACUUGGAUCGUCGCCUAAGUUUACGCCAACUCCGCUUCGUCGUCCGCCAGAUCUGCCCAUUGAAGGGCACCUUUUUAAACUGGGAGAGACCCCGUUUUGUCGUCUAACUCGCCUCCCCUCUUUUCCGGUCAUCCCGAGAAAGAACUCAACAGCUUUCGCCAUUCGGGGCGAGCCACAAAAGCAGCUUAGGCAGGUAAGUCGCCCUGCCUCAUUUCGGGCACUCACUGGGCUUAGCGCUGCUGGCAAAAAGAAGUCACGAGUGGCUGCCCAUGGGUCUGGUGGCAAAAACAGCGGUUCUCGCGCUUAGGCCUCUCGCUUCAAGGUCCCAGACGUUGUUGGGCUAACUCUUGGCUCCAAAAACCAUGCCCGGAUAUACAUGGGUUACCACCACUGAGAGGGUGGGUCGGUCGCCAUACGCCAUUUUAUGUAUAUACGAGUCUUAUCUAAAUUUAGAGCCUAACACUGGAGCUUGCUUUUAUAUUACAGAGCAGCUUCAAUAUAACGCUGAACUUAAGCCUGAUGCCUUAUACCCAAAUCUAGGUAAGCUAAGCCUAGAAAAAUAUGGAUAUAAAACCUAUAUGCCUAUGUUCUUUAUGAUGAAAACUGAAGAGUAUGAUCAACAUAUCGUUGAUAAAUACUGGGGAGAUAUAAAGAUGGCACUGCUUAUUAUUCAGUUAUGUGAAAUUAUUGGAUAUACAACUGGAGCACUCUUAUUUGCAGCUUUAGGACUUUAUGUGUUGAAAUUGAAAAUCAAUGCGAGAAGGAGAGAAAAAGGAUGGACACCUGAUAAUGGAGAAAUGAAUGGAAAGCUGAUUGAAAGCAAUGGAAAAACAGAACAUAAAGAUCCUUGGAUGAAUGGCAAGCUGAUUGAAGAAUAA